CUGGGCUAGAGUGAGACCGUACCUUGCAAAAAAAGAAAAAAAUAAUGUGUAAGCCAGGCAGUGUGGCACACACCUAUAAUUCAGGAGACUGAGCAAGAAGAAUGACAAGUUCAAGGCCAAUCUUGACUAUGCAAGGAUACGCUGUUGCAAAAACCAGAAAACAGGAGGAGCUUGGGAGCAAAAGAAGAGAGGGGUACCCCCCCAUAGUAAUAUCCGCUCAAAUUCGCCAUCUGUUAUCUCAGCCAUAGUAGGCCCAGAGUGGCUAGGUUGUGACGAGAGAGCUACUGACUGGGAAGGUAGAUGUGAACCCAUUUGGGGCCUUGUGGCUGCUCUCAUCCUCCUGCUGCUAAGAAGAGCCAAAGCCAGUAUGAGGUUUAAGAAAGAAGACUGGAAAGCCAUGGACGGACUCUGCCAUUUUGUUCUCUUUCCUUGAAGAGACUAGAAUUUAACUUUCACAUGAAUUUCUUGAAUGGUUUAUUUUUUUUUUCUUCUUAUCUCUGAGACCUUCUGCAGAGGAUGAGUAAGAAGGUUGGAUGUGUGUGUGGAUAAAAUGGAUCAUCUUAAAGUAUUGCAGUUCCAAAAAUAUACCAGCAGGACUGGACAAGUUUGACACAGUGAGAUUUCUAUUUUCGCUUGACUUCUGGAACUCUGAGUAACUAUAAACUGCUAGGUCCUAGGAAGGAAGAUUCUCUAAACCUUCUACUUCUGUAUAUUAUGUUCCUACUUCAGGUGUCUUGAACAGGUCUAUACCAGUGGGCGAUUUCCUAAAGAGUAAGACGAUUAGACAUUUACCCACUUUUGACGUAAGGAGUGGUAUAGAGCACAUAGCGGACUGAAACAAAUUGGAUUAACGAAGCAGCCCCAGGAACUACAGGAAGAGAUCUCUCCCCAGGCACCAAGGUAAUGGCGGAAGCCCCUGCGGAGGCCUCGGCUUUGCCUCUGACAGUGAAGAAAAAGAAGAGUCUGUCCAUCGAGGAAAAGAUCGACAUCAUAAACGCAGUGGAAAGCGGCAAGAAGAAAGCAGAGAUAGCCGCCGAGUAUGGAAUCAAGAAAAACUCACUGUCUUCUAUUAUGAAGAACAAAGACAAAGUUCUGGAAGCCUUUGAAUCUCUGAGAUUUGAUCCAAAGAGAAAAAGGCUGAGAACAGCUUUCUACACGGACCUGGAGGAGGCCCUGAUGAGGUGGUAUCGUAUUGCUCAGUGUCUCAAUGUACCAGUGAAUGGCCCAAUGCUGCGGCUAAAAGCUAAUGAUUUUGCCCAGAAACUGGGACAUAAUGAUUUCAAGUGCAGUAAUGGUUGGCUGGAUCGUUUUAAAUCCAGGUACGGUUUAGUAUUCAGGGCACAACCUGUCGAAGCCACAGGUACAGCGGUAGACCCAUCAACUGUCUGGUGCCAAAAUGUUCUUCCUUAUUAUUUAAAUGACUAUCAUCCUAAAAACAUUUUUAACAUCAAAGAGACCGCACUGCUUUAUCGCAUGUUACCUACAAAUACAUUUGCAUUUAAAGGAGAAACGUGUUCGAUUGGAAAGCUGUGCAAAGACAGGAUCACUCUGGUAGUGGGUACGAACAUGGAUGGCUCCGAGAAACUUCCUUUGCUCGUCGUCGGGAAGAACCAAACUCCACGUUGUUUCAAAGGUGUGAAGUCACUGCCCGUGUGUUACGAAGCAAGCAGGAUGGCCUGGAUGACCUCGGCUAUAUUUGAGCAGUGGAUGCAGAAGCUUGAUGAGACGUUCCAAGCCCAGCAGAGAAGAGUGGUAAUCUUCGUGGAUUCCUGCCCUGCACACCCGGAGGUAAAAAAUCUGAAAUCCAUCGAGCUAGCCUUCUUUCCUUCAUGCAUAUCUUCCAAAUUUGUAGCUAUGAGACAAGGUGUCAUUAAAAGCCUGAAAAUCAAAUACCGGCAUUGUCUCAUCAAAAGAUUUUUAAGCUCGGUUGAAGGCAGCAGAGAAUUUACAUUUUCGCUCCUCGAUGCAGUGGACACCCUGCAUCUCUGCUGGAGAGCUGUGACCCCAGAGACGAUCAUCAAAAGCUACGAAGCAGCAGGAUUCAAGUCUCCGGGGACAGAAAAUGACACAGCAGCCACAGAGAGCGACCCUGGUCUUGACCUGGCCACCCCCGCUCUGGGGGCAGAAGUGGAGUUUCUUGAAGGACUGUCCAUUGAGGGGUACGCCGCCGUGGACGACGACCUGGAGACGUUCGAGGUGGCUCCCGGUGACGACGAGGGGACCGGAGAAAGUACGCCGGAUGAGGCUGGGGAUUACACUUCUGAUGAAGAGGAGGAUGGUGGCUCUCUGGAGACGGAAGUGCCCUUGCCAUCCAAGAGUGAAGCAGUCACUGCAUUAGUGACUCUUAAGCAUUUUCUCAGAGGUCAAGAUAUGAAUGAGGAGCUGCAUAAUUCUUUGGCCGACCUUGAGAAUUUUCUUAACUCUUUAUCGCCUGAGUAGUUAGUCAUUGAACCGUGUCUGAAGAAAAAACUUUUCCCGAUGUGUUUUGGUGUCGAGGUAUGUAUGUAAAAGGAAAAUACCACUUAGACAUGGAAAGUGAAAAACUGGCUUAGCUGCAAAGGCCUUUGAUCUGAAUGGCAAGGGUUCCUAAGAGUGAUCAAGUCAAUAAAGAUGCAAAAUUCUAUAGCGAGGUUUGGGGGCAGAAAGUGUAUUUUGGAGGCUUUGUACUUAACAUGCAGGAUAUUUGUUAAAGAAAUCUUCGUUGGCUGAUUCACACAAAUUGAAUUGCUGGUUGCUACUUUACUACUUAACUGUUUGUGGGUGUGUGUGUUUAAUUUCAAUCAUGUUCCAGAAUGUUAAUUUAUCUCCCUAGACUAAUGGAACAAAAUCUAAAUAGCUUAUUUAUUUUAUAACAAUUUAUUUAUGCCAUAUGUAUCCUAAGUAGAUUUUUGUUUGUUCUUUUUUGAAACAAGGACUCAGUAUGUAAUCCAAGCUAGCCUCAAAUUCUCAGCAAUCCUCCUGUCUCCAUUUCCCAACUGCUGAAUUACAGGCAUACGCCACUACGUAUGGCUGUAACUGAACUUUUAACUAUCAAAGUAGUUCUAAAUGAUUGUUUUCUUUAGCUAAUCUUCCUAAACAAGAAACUAUGGAAACUGAACAUGAAUUCUACCCUGCCUGUACGCCAAGAUUAAGGAAAAUACAGCUUUUAGCACACUCAGGUUCUUUGUCUAUAAGGUCAAAUGGAAGAACAUGACCCAGUGGAGUUUGUCACUGAUCCCAGCAGAUGUGUGCUCCUUGUUUCUGCGUGUGUUCGAUGGACAGUACUUGACUGAGACAUUGUGCUCAUGUAUUCAUACUUUGGCAGGUUAACUCUGAACCAAAUGUGAAAAUACAUACAUAUGUAGCUGCUAACAAAGAAAAGAUGAGGUGCUUACUUUUCUAAUUUUAAUAGCUCCAGCUUUUAUUCUUUAUCUAACUUUAUUCCUGAUUUUGCUGAGAUUUGCUUUCGGGAAAAAACAAAAUUUUUUUUUCAGCACAAUUUGAUACUGAGUUCCUUUCUCCUUCCGCACCCCAUUUUGGAUUACAAUACAGAGAAAGUUUUAUCUACAAAAUGGCUUGUAAUACUAUAAGAAAUUACUUAAUCUCCAUCUACAAAAUAGCCAUUAAACAGAUACUUAUAACUGUGUCGGGGUUUUCCCUUAAUUGUAAAUGGUAUACUUGUUUAACUUCUUACGCCUGGUUUAGGUCUCCUUUGAAACAUAUUUUAUAAAAAUAGAAGGCAUACUGAUUUUUACUAUGAAUUAUUACUCUAUUGACAGAUAACACACUUGGAAGAAAAUAUUUAUAGAAAGCAUUUUGUUAUUUUUUACUGCUGAUUUGCUCUGCCUUUGAGAAUUAUUAAUAGUAAGCCUUAAAAAUGAAGUAACAUUUUACAAGUUUCUCUUGGACUGAUUAUUUAAAUUCAUGGAUUUAAAGGAGCUCUUAAGAGUGAGCUCUAUUUGUCUUCUAAAAUUAAAAAAAAACUCUUGAUUUACUGUUUAUGUUUUUCAACUGAAUGGGGCUUUG